AUGAAUUACAAGCAACUGCUGUGUGCACUACUCCUGUGCACAGCCGCGGUCCUGCAGUCGACAGCCGCCAAAGGUGUAAAUCGAGGUAAUCAUCGGUACAGUUUAUAUCAGAACAAUGAACAACGUUCGGCUGGUAGUGGCCAAAGUUCUCCACGUUUUAAUAAUCAAAUUCUCGAGAAGUUGGGAAAGGGCACGACAACAACAACCACCCUUGCUCCAACUACUACGACAAUGACAACAACACCCACAGCUUCACCACCAACAUCUACCAUACCCACCAUUACAAAUAUAGGAACCACGCCAGAAACAACUUCUCCAACAACCCCCACUCUGGCACCACCGCCCCCAACUCCAACAACACCAACAGCAACGCCUCCAGCAACACCACCGGCAACCCCACCUGGAACACCACCGGCAACUCCACCAGCUGGCCCUCCAGCUGGUCCACCAGCAGGACCACCAGAUGGUGCUCCAGCAGAUGGUGCCCCAGCAGAUGGAGCUCCAGCAGAUGGUGCUCCAGCAGAUGGUGCAGGCCGUCGCAAGUCCAAAAGAGAUUAUGAAGAGGACUCUGAAGAUAGUAACGAUGAUGAAGACGACGAAGAGUACGACGAUGAUGAUGAUGACGACGACGAAGAAGAAGAAUACUCCCGUGUAUCGAAAAGGAAAAAUGGCAUUAGAACAAGACAAAGAACAUCAUCCCCCAACUCAUACAAACGAUUUUUACAACGAAGACAACGUGAGCGCAGGAUACGCCGUCGUCAAAUGCUUGCAACUCGACGUCGCCAUAAACAACAGAGAAGAAGGGCUAGCAGCAGGAGAAAAUUGCAAAACCAUCAACGUUAUCGUCAACUAACCAAAUCUCAGACACAACGUCGUAGACAAAGGAUUUUAAGGUCAAUGGCUAGAAGACGUCGCGGAAUUCAAAGAAUACGUCGUGUGCAAGCUAAACGUCGCCGUCAAAGACGCCUGCGUCAAAGGAGACGCAAGCAAAGACAAAUGAGAAGACGUUUGCGCAAACACCGUCGCAGGCAAAGACUUCGCAGGAGACGUCAUCGUCUGCAGACCAGACGUCGUUUACGAAAGUUUAGGGCUAGAAAUCGUGGCCGCAAUUGA